AUGAGUGCGAUAGCAGGGCACCAUCAUGCCAGGACCAAGGAUGUCUCUGAGAAGGUACAGGACAUUCUGAACGGGCAGGCGAACGUGGUGGCGAUUGUGAUCCUGUCCGGGGGAAAGUGCGGUCUCUCCAAAUGUGUCACCCGCUACCUGGUGGGAAUGGCCGCGGCCGAUCUUCUGGUCGUCAUCUCGAAUCCGCUGCUAAGGAUGACUGCUGGGAUUUAUUUUCCCGGAUCAUUCCUGCAAAUCACUCCUGUGUGCAGAGUCAGUCUAUGGUUGGUGUUUGCGAGCACUGCGACCUCAGUCUGGCUGACUGUCGCUUUCACCCUCGAUCGAUUUGUGGCUAUUUGCUGUGAGAAGCUGAAAACAAAAUAUUGCACCGAGAGAACGGCGGCUGUGGUUAUCGGGACAGUGAGUGUGCUGGCCUGUUUGGAGACUGUCCCCUGGGGCUUUGUAUUCGGACCUCGGGAAAUAAUUGAUGGUGUUCCCUGGUACUGUGAUCCCACAUCGAGCUUCACAAACUCCCCCUCAUGGGGUGCAUUUGAGCUGUUUCACCGCAUUUUAAACCCUUGUGUCCCAUUCAUUCUGAUGUUACUGCUCAAUACUCUGACUGUCAGGCGGAUUCUCGCCGCCAGUCGAGCCCGCAGGGGGCUCCGGGGACGAAAGGGUGGAGAGAAUGACAAGGACCGGGAGAUGGAGAACCGACGCAAAUCCAUCGUUUUGCUCUUCAGCAUCACCGGUAGUUUCAUAUUGUUGUGGGGAACAACGGUGGUAUUUUCUAUCUAUAGACGGAUUUCAAUGAGAUUAAUUGAUUCUGUCACGGAUCCCCGUUUCAUCACACAACAGACUUCGGUAAUGCUGCAGAUUGUAAGUUCCUGCACCAACACGUGUAUUUACGCCCUGACUCAGAGCAAAUUCCGAGAGCAACUGAAGAAUGCGGUCAAAUACCCACUGAAUCGGAUUUUGAAACUCAUGAAACGUUAG